AUGAGCUCGCUCAAGCACGUCGGGCCCCUCACCGUCGAGGUCACCCCCGGCAGACCCGAGCAGGGUGACACGCCCGCUGUCUCGGCCGUGUACCGGAAUGUGGCAGCCGCCGAGAAGUUUACCACCACUGUAGAUGGCUCUACUACCCUGUACGAGAUCUUCAAGGCCAGCGCUGAGAAGCAUGCUGAUCAGAAGUGUCUGGGCUGGCGCCCCAGGGGCUCGGACGGCAAGUGUGGCCCCUACAAGUGGCUGACGUACAAGGAGACCCAGGACAAGGCCUACUCAUUAGCGGCGGCCCUGCAGAAGCUGGGUUUCGAGCCCCAUGACAAGCUGGGCAUCUACAGCUCCAACAAUGUGGAGCACAUGCUAACCCUGAAGGCCGUGGAUGUCAUCUCCGCGGUCGUAGUCCCCAUCUACGACUCCUUGGGCGACACCGCCGUCGAGUACAUUGUCGGUCAUGCGGGUGCGCGCGAUCGUGGUGGAGGAGAAGAAGGUGUCCCAGCUGGCCAAGGUGGCCAAUGGCAUCUCCAAGCUGGUCAGGGAUGUGAUCGUGAUCGGCGAGCCCGGCUCGGAGGCCGCCCCCCUGCGCGACGCGGGCAUCGAGGUGCACGGCUUCGCCGCCCUGGUGGACGGCGCGUCGGCGUCGGACGUGGCGCCGCACCCGCCCGCCCCAUCCCACCACGCCUGCAUCAUGUACACCAGCGGCACCACGGGCACGCCCAAGGGCGUGGUGCACACCCAGGCCAGCAUGACGGCGGUGAUCGCGGGGGUGGUGAACCUGACCCGCCAGGGGCACAUCCCCGUCACGCAUGA